UAUUCAUUAUUUUUAUAUCCGGGUAUAGUGUGGGUGUGUGCAGUUCCUUUGCGUUUCUCUAUGUGAAUUUUGAUGGAAUAGAAAAAAGCGCAUAUGGUUAAUUUAAGUUUACGUAAAGUUUAAGCAUGGCGGCAAGUGACACUGAAAAAGAUUCAAAUACAGCGAAGAAAGUUGGUCAAGAUGUAGAGAAGAAAAAGGAACAAUCACCAGAGAGGUCAAAGUCACCCAAAAUUUCCAAGCAUAGUCAUUCAGAAUCGCCAGAGCUCAAGAAUUCCAAGCACCACAGCUCAGAAUCGCCAGAUCGUGUCAAGUCCCCAAAAAAAUCAAAACAUCGUUAUUCUGAGUCACCAGAACAUUCUAAAUCCCCCAAACGUUCAAAGCAUCGAUAUUCUUUAUCGCCAGAAUGUUCAAAGUCACCCAAGACCUCUAAGCAUCGACAUUCAGAGUCUCCAGAAAUGUCCAAGUCCCCAAAGAGUUCUAAGCAUAGACAUUCCGAGUCUCCAGAACGGUCUAAGUCUCCUGCAACUUCCAAACAUCGAUAUUCUGAUUCACCAGAAAAACGCAAGUCCCCCAAAAGUUCUAAACAUCGGUAUUCUGCAUCACCAGAUCGUCGCAAGUCCCCAAAGAGUUCUAAACGGCGAUAUUCCAGAUCUCGAUCAAAGUCAAAAGAUAAAAAACGGAAAUCAGAAAGUGAAAGCAAGAAGCACAGAAGUCGAAGCAGAAGCAAAGAGGCAAGAAGACAUGGAUCCAAAGAGAAAUCUUCCAAAAGGCAGAAAGCGUUUAUGAAUUUAACCUUUGUUUUCAGACGACGUCGAAGUAAAAGCUAUGAUAGGAAAAAGUCGCGAUCCAAAAGUAGAGAUCGUAGAUCAAGAAGCAGAGACAAAAAACGUAAGGCCAGGUCUCGCUCUAGAUCGAAAUCUAAGAGGAAGAGCCGAUCCAGAAGUAAAAGCAGAGAUCGAAGGAAAAGAAUUGAAAAGCCUCGACGAUACAGCAAAAGCCGCAGUAUAAGUCCAAUUGUACCUGUUUUUAGAGGUCGGAAUACUGCUAUGGAUGCACAGGAGGCACUUGCUCGGAGACUAGAGAGAGCAAAAAAACUGCAGGAGCAAAGAGAGAAGGAAUUGCUUGAAAAGCAGAAACAGCAAGAAAUGGUUUCAGCUUUGUUGGCAUCAGGAACUCAAGUAACCCCUCAGAUAGCCAUGGCAGCUCAGAUGGCAGCACUUCAAGCAAAGGCACUAGCAGAGACUGGAAUAGCUGUACCAAGUUACUACAAUCCAGCAGCAGUAAACCCAAUGAAGUUUGCAGAGCAAGAGAAGAAGCGAAAAAUGUUAUGGCAGGGCAAGAAAGAAGGAGCAGAUAAGUCUCAGACAGCAGAGCUGUGGGAAAAGUUGAAUUUUGGUAAUAAGGACCAAAAUGUUAAAUUCAGAAAACUGAUGGGCAUUAAGGGUGAAGAAGAGGCUGGUAGUAGUAGUACGACAGAUGAAGAGAGCUUGAAAACUUUGAAGCAGCAGGAAGAAGUAUUCAGAAAUCUGGAUGCACAGUAUGAAAUGGCACGAUCACAAACACACACACAGAGAGGCAUGGGACUGGGUUUCUCUUCUAUGAGAGGAAUGGAUGCAAUUUGAUAACUUUCUCCAAUGAAUGUAUUUUGUCAGGAAUCACUGCUGCAGACUCUCCUGUCCAGGCUUCAUCUUCUACUUUCAGAUCACUUACCAGAUAAGCUAGCAUUCUAGCUUGCAUGGUUGAAGUUAUUUAUUAAAAAAUACAAAAAAAAGACUGUAAAUAAGAGUUGGAUUAGUUCUGAUGAUGAUGGAAUUUCAAGUGGAUUCUGCACACCUCCAUUUUACUGAGACUUUACCGAAGGAAAUUUCUGGUCAAAACUACAAAGUCUGCUUUAAUACUGUGAGGAAGCAGACUUUGGGGAAAAGAACUCUAUUCAUGUUAAUAGUUCAUGGUCACUGUCUUGUGUACUGGCUUUUGUACUAAAAACUUGUACAGUUGUCUUCAUUUCUUGAAAAAGAGUAUAACCUGUGUAGCUGUUAUCUGAAGGCCAGACUAGGCACAUCUUGUUCUGUUUAAUAAAGCUGGGUUUUUUUGUUUA